CAGGACUCCCAGCUGGAGGCGCGGCUCGUCCAGGAGCGGCUGUCGAGCCAGAACCAGGGGAAGGCGGGUGCCGCCCCGUCCUCCAUGUUCCGCAGGGCGAUCAGGACUGCUAUUCAGGCCCCACGCGGCGUGAGUGGCUUGCUAGACGUGAUGGUCGUUCCAAGCCUUCUUGGACCGCGAUGCAUGGGAUUGGAGACACCGCUUGCCAGUUGGGCCAGAAAGAGCCUUGAAGGUAUGCUGACAUGCUUGUAGCCGUUGAAAGUUUGAGGGGUCCGUGCCUUAUGACAGAUUGAUCAGCAUCGCUUCUGUGAUUGCAGCAACGUGUCACCGUCACGCGCUUGAAUCAGAGCAUCCAGUUUUGCCAGCGAGGCCGUUGCCCUUGCCUCCCCCUCGUCUCCCCCGAGGAUACGCUCGUUUGUUCAUCACUCUGUCCAGCCCCUCCCCUCUCCCCAGCUCGCAGGAUUUUCGCCCGACUCUGCGCGCGCGCGCCCCAGCCCUGAUGUGGGAGACCGUCCAUAUGCUGGCCUCUGGCCACAGAGGGCUGCCAUUGCAGCAGCGCGUGCGGCUGUUGUUGCUGCUUGCUGGCGCGGUACCCGCAAUGGCCAAGAAGAGCAAGGGCCUCGAGAUUUUGAAGCACUACCCUACCAUGUUCAAGUUCUGCAUGUUUUGGUGGUGCAUUUUUGUCUUCGCAGUGAUGGGCGGGUACAUCAUCGAUACACUUCUCUUCCGAAAGUUCGGGCCUGCCCGAAUCAGCUGGAAGAUGGAGCAUGUCUUCCGUGGUACUGCAGAUAGGGACGCUUAUUGGGCUCAGCUGGUUGACCCUUCGCGCUGGUCCACAACGCACCCAGUGCUGCAGUCAGCGGACUUGCGCAUGGUUGAUUGUUCCAAGCUGUUGAAGGAAGUCGCUGCUGGUGCCGCCGUCGUGACGGAUACGGACGAGGUGGCCAGUUAUGGCGACGAGGACAAGCCGCCGAAGGUGAUGGAGGCCAGUUCGAGCCUGGAGAGUGUGGCGCUGGGGCCGCUGCGGCCAGGGCUGGGCCUCGUGCUCAGACACAAGGGCGGCACCGGGGCCCUGGCUGGCGCGUUCUACUGCACGAGGGCGUGCACCCUCCUGGAGAAGCCGCCCGAGGGAGUGUGGCGAUUCGGCAUGGACACCGUCGAGGCGGGCGCCGGCUACCCCUACGCGGCGGGUUCGCAGAAGGACGAGCUGGAGAUGUGGCCGCCCGGCGAGGACGGCAGCAUCCGCUGCAGAAUGUCCGGCACCGCCGAGGUCGGUUCGAGGUUCUUCCGCUGGUGGUCUGGCGUGGAGAGCUCCUCCCGGGCCGGGGCGCUUGCCAUGCUGGAGGCUAUUGGCGAGGAGAUCCAGGCAGCCAAGAAGCACAAGUGAGAGGCCAUGGGCUGUGCGGCCUGCCCGCCAGAGGGAGCGCUGCCUGACCCUCCCUGUCCCUUGGAGGAGCGCGAAGUAACGGCAGCGAUGCGUUCCGAGAUUUCCGGGUUCCCUUGUCGGUCCGCGGGGAUUCCAGACACUGACACGAGGUAGGGGCCAGCAGCUCGCCUCCCAUUGCGUACAAGUAGGGGCCAGCAGCUGCUGUCUGGCCUGGCAGCACGUGAGGGCGCGCAUGCCGCGCAAUGGCUGGCCGGGUGCCUGGCCGGAUGGCUGUGACACCGCGACGUACGCUGCCAGGGGGCCCCGAA